GGGUAUGUGAAUACAGCACCAAUCACAGGCGCGCAGCCUCGCUCUGAAACGGGCCACGUGACCACUAUAAAGCGAAGGGGCGCCUUCGCCGCCGCUCAUUGAGCGCUUUGAUUUCCAAGGGAGAGAUUAUAACAAACAAAAAGCCACAAUCAUGGCUGAGGCUGACCGACCAGGGAAACUCUUCGUUGGCGGCUUGAACACCGAGACAAACGAGAAGGCCCUCGAACAGUAUUUCACCAAAUACGGCAGAGUAGUCGAAGUGCUGUUGAUGAAAGACCGUGAAACAAACAAAUCCAGAGGUUUUGCUUUUGUGACCUUUGAGAACCCAGCUGAUGCAAAGGAUGCUGCAAGGGAAAUGAAUGGAAAGACCCUUGAGGGCAAACCAAUCAAAGUAGAACAAGCAACAAAGCCGUCAUUUGAAUCGGCACUUGCUAGGCGGGGGCCACCAUCCCUUCAUCCAAGGAGCCGCGGACCGCCGAGAGGACCUAGAGGCGCUCGAGGAGGACCCACAAGAGGCAUGUCACCUAGAGGUCCACCACCAAUGAAGAGAGGGCCUCCCAUUCGCAAUGGUGGCCCUCCACCCAAGAGAUCUGUUCCUUCAGGACCAAUGGGACGGGCUCCCAUGUCCAGGGAAAGGGAUCCUUACGGUCCACCUCCUCCACGCAGAGACGCCAUGAUGUCCAGAAGAGACGAUUAUCCAUCUCCAAGAGAUGACCAUUAUAGUACCAAAGACAGUUACUCAAGCCGGGAUUACAUCAGCUCCAGAGAUUCAAGAGACUAUGCUCCACCCCCAAGGGACUAUGCUUAUCGCGAAUACCCACAUUCCAGUUCCCGCGAAGAAUAUGGAGGAUCUAUGUCACGGUCAUACAGUGACCGUGAUGGAUAUGGGGGUGGCCGUGAGUCUCGGGGCUACCUGGAACGUCCCAGUGCCGGUUCCUAUAGGGAGCCAUAUGAUGGCUACGGUAACUCGCGCAGCGCCCCACCUUCAAGGGGCCCUCCACCAUCCUACGGUGGAAGCGGCGGAAGCAGUCGCUAUGACGAUUAUGGCAGCAGUUCCCGAGAUGGAUAUGGAAGUCGUGACAGUUACCCCAGCAGCAGAAGCGACCCGUACUCAGCCAGCCGUGGCGAGCGUAUUGGCAGGCAGGAGCGGGGGCCAGCCCCACCACUCGAGAGAGGCUACCCUCCUCGUGAUUCUUUCAGCAGCUCCAGCCGUGGCGCACCUAGGGGUGCCCGAGGAGGAAGUAGAUCUGAUAGGGGCAUUGGCCGAAGCAGAUAUUAAUGGACCCCAAAAAAAGCAAGCCUCAAUCCUACAACAUGUGUUUCUUAGCUCCAAAACAAACACAUGAAAAACAAACGAAGACUGAACUUUGACUGGACAAAAACAAAACAAGGCUUAAGUUUUUAUUUAUUGUUGAGCUUUCCCCAUCCCCUGCCCCUAAUACCUGUUUCAUUUGAGAAGCGUUAAAUGUUUAGAAUUGUAUUUUUUUUGUUAAUACUACAGUAAGUUUUUUAAACAGUGAUUUGUGUGCUUGUUUAAAAAGCGUUUUGUACACUAGUGCUGUUAAAUUU